GCGGCUCAGGUAAUUCGGCCCUGUUUGCUUGUCACUCAUAUGCCAGGAGCAUGAAGAAGACCGGUGCCGUGCAAGGUCUGAGGAGUCUCGCGGACAAGAUACAUCCAAAUGGCUACGCGCCGCUAACUACCAGCGAGUCGAAAGGCCUCUUGACAGCUCUGACAAGUUCAUUUCGGAAGCAUCUGGAUGCGGCACACCCUACGACUAUCGACGAUGGCAGGAAGAAUAGCUCCAAAGCCACUGGCUUGUCGCCGGAUGUCAACAUCAACAGCAUGCAUUCGUCGGCGAUCUUUGCUCAGAAACACAUGGCGUCUGUCCUAACGAAUCCAUUGCUGGUCAGAGGUGCGAAGAGCUAUGGCAGUGCGAAAGUCGAGCUUCAGAAGGAUUCUUAUAGAGAUCCAAUCCAACUGCUCGAGGAUUAUGACCGUGAAGGUGCAGCAUCCGUUCGCAUCGCUCAGCUCUGUAUGGAGACAUUGAAAAAGAAGUAUGACUCUGUUCCCGACGCCCGCAAGCCCAAGCUGUUGGAAGAGAUUCAACCCGGGCGAAGAGUCUUGAUGUGGUUACUAGAACGCGGCAUGUACCAAACGGAUUUCUCCAGCAAUCUUCCGUUUGUGGAUCUUUUGGUCUUCUUUCUAGCUCGAGAAGGCCGCGAGGAUAACAUCUGGAAGUGGCUCAAGCUUGAUGUGCAGAUACCUGACUCUACUGAGGGUGCGCCUUGGGACACUCAGGUCAGUGUCAAGAAGCGCAUGCUCUACAAGUAUCGCUGGCGGGGAUGCGUACUUGAUAGUCUUGUACAGGCUCAGGUAGAUGUGCCUUGGCUUGCUGAUUCAUCGGGAAAGCUGCACAUCAUUCGUGCAAGCAACUUGAAUUCUGCGCUGAACACGUUGGUCACUGCGCUCGAACUCCGCACUUCGUCAAUGGAUGUUGACCCUCAUCCAGAGAACUGGCAUCAUCUGGCUUGGUUGCCACUAGCCAAAACUAGCUCUUUUCUGGUCAGACUCUUGACCAGACGGCUACGAUCUAGCAAUCCCAGGGGAGAUGUGGAGCUACAGAAGGGCGAUAUUCUGGAUCCGCAGCUGUACGACAAGCUAAUAAAAUAUGUGUCUUUCGCAUUUGACUUUGAUAACAAGGACCUCCGGCGGGGCAAGGCGGCCCAGGUGCAAGAGUUCUUCAAGAUGAUGCGUGCUGCCACGUUGCACCUCACCCACCCGACCAGACCUUCGGCUGACCCGAUGCUGAAAAUGUUGCAUGUGGUCCUGCCAGACAACACCACGAAGUGUCCUCCGAUCUUUAAAGAGCACAUGGCCCAGUCAGCGGAUGUGCGUGAUUUAUACCAUACUACGCUCCUCAAGUGCGCUCAUGUCCUUGAAACCCAAGGCAGACGCAAGGACGUCGAGUGGACAAGGGCGCGGAUCCCAUUAUAUUUUCCCGAGCUCGCACACGACAACGAUACCGCCGAGCGCGAGCCCUCGAGAGCGAGAACGGCUCCGUCUUCACUUGCUGAAGAUGACGAAGCUCGCCAUACGUUGUUUCCCGGUCUUGCGUGAUCUUUUUCGGAAUCCCGACACGUUUAUUAUACGAGAUACAAGUAGCUUCUCACAAGCGCCAAGAAGAAGCAAGCGUUCAUAUCCCGACAGCCACAAGUUGAGACAGGAGGCCAUUGCCAUGCGCAUCUGCACAUCGGCGAACCGCGUGGAGCAAAUUCCAUGUGCUUAGCAGACAUGCAACAUAUCAUCAGGACAUAUGCUCUGCUGUGAGCUAUAUAUCUAGUUGCGAACAUUGCCCAAUUUGGAGAAGGGCGGAUCUCAUCUUAAGGCACUAUGUUUUCGCUGGUCUGCUUACCUCCUAGAUGUGUCCGCUGUUAGCUCAUGAAAGAACGGUCUCAUAUGAGCCUUCAAGCAUCAAACAACAUAGUCGCAGCUCCGGGGCGGAGUCUUCAAGUCCUGCCGUUAGCCCCGCGCUGGAACUGACCCGUCUUCCACAUGCGUGGGAUCCAUUUCUGGUGUCAUCUGUUGCUCUUCGAGAGACAUUUGCGAUCUCUGUUGCAUCACUUCUGAACCUCGGCAAUGUUGCUAUCCUCUGGCCACACGUCGUAACCAAAAUCACCCUUCAUGUUCACGAAGCGCGUGUGACGACCCUUGGCAACCUGAUUCACGGCCUCAAAGUCCUCGUCGCUCAGGUCGAUGCUCUUGAAAUUGCUCUCAAUACGUGAGGGUGUCGAGCUCUUUGGCAGCACAACAUAUCCCCUCCUGAUACCCCAAGCGAUCAACACUUGUGCAAGCGAGUUUCCGCCCUUCUCUGCAAUCUUGUUCAGGGUCUCAUUCGUGUUGACCUUCUCUCCUGUUGAAGGGACCUGGUUCUGCGAUCCAAGCGGCGAGUAUGCCUCGGGCAGAACGCCGUUCUCGAAGCAGAACUUUACGAGCUCGUCAUUGGGCAGGAAAGGAUGAAUCUCAACCUGGUUGACCGCAGGCUUGACCUUGGCCCAGCUGAGGAGAUCUUUCAGACCAGGAAUGGUCCAGUUCGAGACGCCAAUAGCUCUCGCCUUUCCGGCCUCAUACAGCUCUUCCAUCGCCCGCCAUGUUGGCUUGGGGUUCUUGGUCAACUCCUGCUUGAUCACAUACUGGCCUUUUUCGUUCAACUUUGGCAUGUUCUUCUCAUCCUUCUCCGCUGCGAUCGGCCAGUGGAUCAAGAAAAGAUCGACAUAGUCCAACUUCAGCUUUUCCAGAGAGUUUUGGAGAGACCACUUCACCUCUUCAGGCUCGUGGAGGUGGUUCCAGACUUUUGUGGUGAUGAAAAUGUCGCUGCGUGUUACGGACGUGUUGUCUUUGAGGAAAUCUGCAACAGCAUCGCCGACUUCUCCUUCAUUUUGAUAGAACCAGGCGCAGUCCAGGUGUCGGUAGCCGGUUUUGAGGGCGUGAGUGACGGCGGUGUAGGUCUCGCCUUUGGCACCUUCGUUGGCGAAAGUACCGAAGCCCACCGCAGGAAUGGUUACUCCAUUGUUGAGGGUGAAGGUCUUGCCGCUGGACAUGAUGUGCUGUGUGUGUGCUGUGUGUGUGUGUGUGCGUGCUUUUUGGUAUACGAGGUCAAUAGUUGGAGUUGUCUGACUGGGGAAAAAAGUCGCAAUUCUGGAACGCAAUGUGAAAUCGCUCUAGGCUUGGGACAGAACACGACAGGAACGAUGGAACGGAAGCGUAGAAGGUGGUAUUUGAUGCUACCUGAACCCACCCUCGCUGUCUCUCCGGUCGGUUUGACCAUUCCUUCCUCCAUACUCGCCCAGCUCAUCAUCAGACUUUUCACGCGGUCGGCACGACACUGCACCGUCGUAGCUUCCUCCGCUGUUGACGGCAGCGACGUCAUGUCAUGGCCGACAUCACCGCUCUUUCGCUCUGUCGCUUCCGACAUUGGCCGUCACGGUGGUGGUGUUUUGUGCGUUUUGUGGACACAUUGCGCAACUUCUUUUGGUCCGUGAUGUCAGUUCUGCCUGGCGCCGAAGAAAGAGCGAUAAGCGGAUCGGAA